CUGGUGCGGCUGACAGCGCAGGCCGCAGUGAUUUGGUAUCGCUGCAGCAGGAAGCACCGCGGCUCCGACACUUCUGUCUUUCACUUUCGCCUCAAAAACUCUCCUGUGUUUGGUUUCGGUAGGGACCAGAACGAUCGCGCGGAACAGAGACGGUGUUUUAUGAGCCCCUGAGUCGCAGAGCCUCCUCCCCCGGACCGCGGUUACCCGUCGCCAUUUCCAGCACGUUUCCCUGACAGAAGCGCAACAACAAUGGCUCUGAAGAGAAUCCACAAGGAGUUGAAUGACUUGGCACGGGACCCGCCAGCCCAGUGUUCUGCAGGACCAGUAGGAGAUGACAUGUUUCACUGGCAAGCCACAAUAAUGGGACCGAAUGACAGUCCUUACCAGAGUGGGGUUUUCUUCUUGACCAUACACUUCCCCACAGACUACCCCUUCAAACCGCCAAAGGUUGCAUUUACCACAAGAAUCUACCACCCAAAUAUCAACAGCAACGGCAGCAUUUGUCUUGACAUUCUGCGAUCACAGUGGUCUCCAGCUCUCACCAUCUCCAAAGUUCUCCUGUCUAUCUGCUCCCUGCUGUGUGACCCGAACCCGGAUGACCCCUUAGUACCCGAGAUCGCACGCAUCUACAAGACGGACAGGGAAAAGUACAACAAAAUAGCCCGGGAAUGGACACAAAAGUAUGCAAUGUAGUGUUGAGGUAGAAAACAUUGCCAACCACCUCUACGACGUAAGACUAGGGGAGCUUCAGAUGUAAAGAGAAAAACAAACACAAAACCAUACAAACAAAUGAGAAGUUUAAAACAAGAUCAUGUUGGUUUCCAUUGGAGUGCUUUCUUUGAGCCACACCUCCCCCUCACCAGAGUACCUGUAAACCUCCCCCUCCCCUCCCUCCUCGUCUUGUUCCUCUCUUUCUCUCUGUUUGACUGUCUUCUCCCACCCGCCCCGCCUCUCAGCUCACCUGCCCAUCCUCCAGUGUACAUAUUGUCAACUUGAAAUGAAAAAAACUAUUUCCCUUUUUAUUUUUUUAUUUUUUCCCCCCUUCCACCUCGUUUACCUCUGACCUCAUCUCCUGACUUUUUGUAUUCAGUUAUAUUCUGCCACCAAGCGGGCCGGGCUGUCGUUAACCCCCUCCAGUUAUCUCCUUUCUCCCCUCCAUGGCUGCGUCCUCACACAUCAUCACUAAAAGCAUUCCUUUGAGCAUCUGUAAAGCUUCUAGAGGAUUAUGGUUGUUGUUUUUUUUUUUUUUUUUUUUCCCCUUUUUGUUUUUAGGGGAAUGGGGGUUAUUAAGUUGGAGGGAUUUUUACACUCUGCACCCUUUCUUGUUUUUGAUGUCCCAAUGAUUUCCAUCUGUAGAGGUGACGAUUCAAGAAAGCAGUUUUCGCACGCGAGUCAAAGGGCACUCUGUAUUUUAUAAAAUAAAAACUCAGAAGUCAUUGUGGGUUGGUGUAAGAUGGCAAAAAUAAAUGCACAUGGCCUAUUUUGCUCUUCUGUUCAAUUGUAUGAAAGGACUUGAAUUUACUUCAUUCCCCCCUUACUCCCUCUUCUUCCUCACCCAAGUGGACCCCUUUUAUGUGCGUGCGCACAAACACACACAUGCAUGCACAACUAUAACCCCAUGUCACCCCCAUCACUUCCACCACCUUUUCCUUUAUCGUCAAGGUGGAGGUUCUGGACCAGGUAUUUAAGCAAUUCAUUUUCUUAGUUUAACUUGUGUUCUUCUUAUUUCCUACCCCCAUAAUUCCUUAGGUUGCUUCUUUAUUUCUUUCUUUUUUCUUUAUUUUAUUCUGUUUUUUUGUUUUGUUUUCUUUUUUCUUUUGCUAUUCUCAAAUUAGCGGCUAACAUCUUAAAUGGCUAUGGGACUGGCUUGGGCUCUGGGUGCGAGGAGAACCCACUCUUCUUGCACAAAACCUCUGUAUAUUGAAUUACCUGAGAGGCUCGUUGAGCUUUGUGUGUUGAUUAAACUGUGUAAUAAAAACCUUCGACUCCUG